AUGGCAGCCCCGCGCCAUCCAACGACGCAAUACCUCGCUGGGUCCUUCGUUCUCUCUGCUGGAAGCGUCCUCUUCCGGCGCAGAGCAUCCACCAACACGCUUGAGAUCUGCAUACUGCACCAGCUCACCCGUGACGAGUGGCUCCUCCCCAAAGGCCGUAAAGACCGUGGUGAAACAAUAGAGCAAGCCGCCGUGCGCGAGACGUACGAGGAGACGGGGUACGUCUGUGCGUUGUGGCCGCAGCGCAUGCCAACGCGCGCGACGGUGCCAGGUGUCAGCAAUGUGCAUGUGGUCGAGAUUGCAGGUGGAUUGGUGGAGCCUAUUGCUGUGACCGUGCGCGAUUUGGGCAGCUCGAAUUCGAAAAUUAUAUUUUGGUAUAUUACGGUUGUUGAGGAGGGUGUGGAAAAGGUGGAGGGAUCGCAGAUGGAGAAUGAGAAUUUUGAGUCGGUGUUUGUGGAUGUGGAGGAUGCGGUGGAGAGACUCACUUUUCAGGUUGAUAGGGAAGUUGUGAAUCUGGCAAUAGACAUUGUGGUUGGAGGGAGAAUUGUAGAGAGUACGUCUUCUGGGACUUUAAAUGCAGUAUAG